UCACAGGACAUAACCUCCCUCACCAACAAGCUCAUCGCGCAACCUGACAAACUACAUGGAAGCAGAAGCACCGGCGAGGACACUUCGUGAGCACCGACAUCACUUUAUUAUCGAGCAGAAGUUCGUCUUCACCCUCCGCCAUGCAGUUCCAUCACGCGAACGCGCCUCUUUACGCACCGACGCCCGUGCCGCCGGUUCACCCGACGCCCUUCUACAUCGAGGACAUUCUGGGCAGAAACGGGUCCACGUCCAGCCCUCUGAUGCCGGCACCGACUCUACCGUCUCCGAACUCUUCUUUCACGAGUCUGAUUCCCUCCUAUCGGACCCCGAUCUAUGAGCCCACGCCGAUCCACCCGGUCUUGUCUCAGCACGCGCUCACGGCUACGUACGCGUCCAUCUACCCGUUCCAGCGCUCCGUGGGCGACUUUACGCACGCGCUGAUCCGGCACGACCCGUUGGGUAAACCUCUGAUGUGGACGCCGUUUAUUCAGCGUCCUCUUCAUAAGCGCAAAGGUGGUCAGGUUCGAUUCUCGAAUGAUCAAACCAUUGAGCUGGAGAAGAAGUUUGAGACGCAGAAGUAUCUGUCACCUCCGGAGAGAAAAAGACUCGCAAAAAUCCUGCAACUCAGCGAGAGACAGGUGAAAACCUGGUUUCAGAACCGCCGGGCGAAAUGGAGGCGACUCAAGCAGGAGACCCCGUCGAGCGGUAAGAGAGAUGUGGAGGACCGAGGAGCGGAGAGAAACUCUGACAGAUCGAGUCCAGACGUGACGCGCAAGCGCAGUGAGAUCGACUCAGAUGUGUCCGAUGAUUCUGAUCAGGAGCUGGACAUUGAAGAAGACUCAGAAUUCACAAUAAAACCAUAAUCACGUGUUCAUGUCUAGCGCUGUAAAUACUGUAGAAUAUUGUACAUUUGAGAGUAGGAAAUAAAUUAAUGCACGUGUGAAAUGUAGAAGAUUGUCAUAAAAAUGUCUGAACUGUGCUGGUGAAUGUGUAUGUAUGUGCUGAAGAAAAGACGAGUGUAAAUAUUUGUAUUCAAUAAACAAUAUUUUGAGGAUA